GCCGGCGGAAGUGCGAGACCGGAAGUUCCGUAUUCUCCGGCGCCGACACCGUGCGUCGGGCGAGGCCUUGUGGAUCCCGAGGGUACUACUAUGGCUUCCAGUGGGGUCGGUGUGAGCGCCCCGGGCGCGGCGAAUGAAGCUUCCGAAAUUCCGGACAACGUGGGAGAUUGGCUUCGGGGCGUCUACCGCUUCGCCACCGACAGGAACGAUUUCCGGAGGAACUUGAUCCUCAAUUUGGGACUUUUUGCUGCAGGCGUUUGGCUGGCCAGGAAUUUGAGUGACAUUGAUCUAAUGGCCCCUCAGCCAGGGGUAUAGCCAAAUAGACACAUGGAACCCCCUGUGCUGUACUCGAACCUUCCAAAAACAGCCUCCAAUCUUUGACCAUCACAAGACUUUCCCUGAUGGAAGUUGAAGUUUCAUUCAGACGGGCACCUUCCCUUCCCGAUUGCCUUUGCUUCGUUGAGCCCACUCAGAACUCCAUUCUCUGGUCAGCAGUCAGGCUUCAGCCAAAGUGUUGUCCUCUGUUCUAUAAAGUUCUGUACAUAGGUCCAAAGUUUCUGCAGGGGGUGAUUUUUGCUCUUGUCCUGAGGAAUAACCUAAUGGUAUUUUAACAAAUAUUUGGAAUAAAGACUGCACGCAAAGACAAA